UUGAAGAAGGGGGAGCACGUGGUUAAGUAAGUCUUAUAAAUAUCCCUCUACAACCGGCCGCAUGCUGUUGUGCCACUGGCAACAUCAGCUCUGUGGACCGAUUUCCAGCAAGAAGGGAUGGAGGAACGCGUCAACGGUUUACCAUUGUAUUAAAAGGAAUUAUUAUCUUUAUACUUCAACGUACUUGCCAUACUUUUGAUUUAAAUAAUCCCGCACUUUCUCCAUUUAUAUUGACCCAACACAUGCGUUAUAACAACUUUAAUAGGUUAUAUCUCCUCGAGACGACACCUUGCGAGUACCAGGACGGGUGGAUUUUUGCACUGUUGAAUGUUCUUCUGUCAAGAACCGCGAUGCAACUGCUCAGCGAAGCCCAUCUUGAUCUUGAGAUAGAGAAAUCAAAGACGGACUUGUGCUGAGCGCGUUACUGGCCACCGUUGGAAAGCUUGCAGCGCUCUGAUGCGGUGGAGGUGUGCGCUAACCCACAGGCUACACGUCUGUUCUGUACAACUGGAGAUAGCGAGCUAGCUGGUUGUAGUUUGUUUUACUUCAAGGUUUUUGUAUUGAACUUUGAUUGCCAUUUAAUGGCCACAAUUCGGUCUUUUUGUUUGGACAAUUGUAACUUUACGCGCGUUUAGUAUGCGUUUAUUGUGAAGUGAUUGGUAAUAUACAUAGCCUACUGCUGCUGUCUGCUCCCCGCUGCCCGUAUAACGGAUUUUACAGAUUAUUUCCCUUCCAUGGUUGUUAAAUGGAUGUCCAGGUACAAUUUGAAAUACUGUGCUGAAACUGGGAUCACAAAACGACCACGUUUCCCAAUAUUUAGGCUACAAGUAGUUAAGUGUGUAGGCCUAUAUUUAGUUGUAAAAAAAAUCCAAUAUUUUGGCAUUUUUUUCAUGUUUAUAUUGCCUUUUACUGUUAUAUCUAAAUUCCCUUUGCAAGGCCGCUUUAUAAUUUUUUUGUCAAUAUUUCAAGACGCUGCUGUAGUCUACUUUUAGAGUUCACAAUGAACUACUGCGUUUUAAGUCUUCUCCUGACCUUGGAUUUAGCCACUGUGGCCGUCAGUUUGUCUACAUGCAGUACGCUGGACAUGGAUCAGUUUAUGAAAAAGCGCAUAGAAGCCAUCCGGGGACAGAUACUGAGCAAGCUGAAGCUCACGAGCCCCCCGGAGACAUACCCCAAGCCAGAGGAGGUGUCGCGGGAUAUCAUCGCCAUCUAUAACAGCACGAGGGACCUGUUGCAGGAGAAAGCCAACGAACGGGCAGCAACGUGUGAGCGCCAACGAAGCGAGGAGGAGUACUAUGCAAAAGAGGUUCACAAAAUCGACAUGCAACCCCUCUACCCCUCUGAGAAUGUCAUCUCUCCCAUGCACUACAACCCGUACUACAGACGGCUCACCUUCGACGUGACCUCCAUGGAAAAGAAUGCCUCUAACCUGGUCAAAGCUGAGCUACGCGUCUUCCGUCUCCAGAACACCAAUGCCCGUGUGUCUGAACAGAGGAUUGAGCUGUACCAGAUUUUAAGUCACAAGGACCUGGCUUCCCCGACGCAGCGCUACAUCGACAGCAAGGUGGUACGCACGCGCAUGGAGGGGGAGUGGCUGUCUUUUGACGUGACAGAGGCAGUCAGUGAAUGGUUGCUUCACAGAGACAGAAACAGUGGAUUCAAGAUCAGCUUGCACUGUCCGUGCUGCACGUUUGUGCCCUCAAACAACUACAUCAUCCCCAAUAAGAGUGAGGAGCUGGAAACCCACUUUGCAGGUAUAGAUGACAGCUUCCACCACAGCGGAGACCUGAAGGUGUAUAGGAAGCGGCGCCACAGCGCCCAGGCUCCACACCUGCUCAUGAUGCUGCUGCCCUCCUACCGCCUGGAGUCCCAGCACAAGAGCCACCGCUCCAAACGAGCCCUGGACGCUGCCUUCUGCUCCAGAAACGUCCAGGAUAACUGCUGCUUGCGGUCGCUCUACAUCGACUUCAAGAAGGAUCUGGGCUGGAGGUGGAUCCACGAGCCCAAGGGUUACAACGCUAACUUCUGCGCCGGUGCCUGUCCCUAUCUAUGGAGCGCUGACACCCAGCAUUCCAAGGUGCUAGGUCUGUACAACACCAUCAACCCGGAGGCGUCAGCUUCGCCCUGCUGUGUGUCUCAGGAUCUUGAACCUCUCACCAUCCUCUACUACAUCGGCAAGACCCCCAAGAUAGAGCAGCUCUCCAACAUGAUCGUCAAGUCCUGCAAGUGCAGCUAGGAACUGUUACAAGGCAACACACAUGUGCAUACACACACAUUCAGUCAUACAUAUUCAUACACGCGUGCAUAUUCAGUCACACAAACACACACACA